AGAGCUUUAGCAAAGUUUCUCUCAUUUCCUCUCUCUCCCUCUCAAUCUCAAUUUCGUAGCAUCUGUGCAACCAUCUCUCUUUCUUCUUCUUCUUGGGGUUUCGUUCUUUAUCAAGUUAAAGAAGGCGAGGGAGAGGGAGAAAGAACAGCCGCAAAGAAUGACGGGGAACGAUGCGAUGAUGGUCUCGCCCGGAGAUGAUCGAGAGAAGGUCGUUCCGCUGUGGUUGAGGCCGAUCGCGAGCGCCGGGGUCUAUAGCUCGUGCGAGACUCAUCGCUCCGAAGAGCGCAAUUUCUACUGUAGAGUCUGCAUGGUCGCUCUCUGCAAAGAGUGCAAGAAGCAACACGAUCUUUCCGAUCACGAGAUGAUAAAGGCAUAUAAAGUUGGCAGAGACGUGUCGUUCAGAAUGGACGACUUGAAGUAUCUGUGGGAUAUUUCCGAUAUCUGCCAGUACACUUCCAACAAGAAGCUCGUCGCCUUCAUACGCAAAAGAGGAGACGGGAGCGCUCGCUCCAGCAGUGAGAGCGGCACUACGGAGUGCGAAUCUUGCCAAUACCGGCUCAAGUCGCCAGGCGCCAAGUACUGCUCCGUGGAAUGCAAGGUUGAAGCCGUGAUGAAGAUGAAUGGAAGUGGAAGUAUGAAUAACGAAGCAAAGAAGAAGGUAGAGGCCAUAUCAGAGGGGAGUGCUUCUGCUAGCAAUGUUCAAUCGUUCAGGAAGCGACCAAGAAAGCAGAAACACCCGCGAAGAGCUCCACUCUAUUAGCCGAAGAUUGGAAAUGGUUUAAUUCUUCUUUUAAUGUUUUCUUGAUACAUUUCUUGAUAGGGCUCAUUGAAACUGCUACAAUGUUCAAUCGUUAUUAGCAUUCGCUUGAUCCGCCAUGUAUUAGCGAAAUAAACGCUGUUCUUCUC